GAGGACAGCAAAAGUUUUCCUCUGACACAUCGCACAUGGAAUGAUGCUAGGCAGGAGAGGAGGGAGGGAGCAAGAUCAAGGAGUCAGGCGGCAAAGGAAAAACACAUUUACAGAGCUUGUAAAGCUCACCUCUCACAAGUUGAAGGAAUGGGCAGCUUCCCAGCGGUCCUGCUCCUCUGCGUUUUCCACGCGCUCACAGCUGUAGUCCAAGCCCAGCAGACCGAGCCACCUGGAGAUACUCCAUUACCAUCUAACUGCAGGGAGGAGAUGUAUCCUUGCACCAGGAUGUACUCAGUUCACAGACCCAUCAAGAAGUGUCUCGGCAGACUUUGUCUCUACAGCCUUCCACGCGUUUAUGUGAUCAACAACGAGAUCUGCAUGCGGACGGUGUGCCAGCAAGACGAAUAUCUGAAAGCUGAACUGUGCAGAGAGCUGUCUGGGUGGCCCAAACGUAUUGCAAGGUCUUCUUCUGGGAAGCGUUGCCGCAGUCUUCGGAACGGCGCCAAAACCUGGGCAAACAAGGCCUGAUGUGGCCCAGAUAGGUGAUUUUAUCCAUCAGCGUGGAGGUGCAAUCGGGGGUAGUUCCAAAACCAAUCCAUGGCUCAGCAGCUGCUGGAUCUCCUUUUCUCUCUCACACACGGUCAUGUGUGCUCAUUCAUGUCUUUAUUCAUGUAUCAACCUUUUUAUUGUCUGUAAAUACUAAAGUUGUGCUCGUUUCAUGAGUGCUUAGGGACUUCCAUGGUUUAUGAUCCAUUUAAGGUACUGCAGUAAUGUGCCGAUAGCAGCACUGAGUCAUUUUAUGUUAGACAAAAAAACAAAACAAAAACGUAAAACUUGUGACUGUAAAGGUACUUUUACAAUUCAGUAUUAUGAACACCAGUUUAAACAAUAAAACAAAAAAAACGGA